UACCAGUGGAGCAAGCAUAUUAAACAGACAAACCAAUGGGGAUGCUAGUGCCAGGUCACAUGAACAUAAUGCCACUAUGCCUGUACUGUACUUUGGCUUAUCUAUUGGCCUGAAAACUUUGGUAUACAAUCAUGAUCCAUGUCACUUCUAACUUAAUAACCAGCAGGUUCCAUGGUUUUACAGCACCCACAGAAAAGGAGCUCUAAAACAGGGAGCCAAAAAAUCUCUCUGCUCUGCAAAAUUCCUUCAUUGAAUGUGUCAUAGCAAGGUAUACUAAUGGAUGAGGCUAAGGCAGGAGCUUUGUAUGUUCAAAGGCGGCUGCUUGACGGAGAAUCUAAAAAAUCUGACCUUGGAUUUCCUUUAGGAACUGUCUUAUUUCUGUUAAUUGUUUUGGGUAUCAGUGGAUUGCUUUCAUGGUGCUAUCACUGGGAAAAAAUCAAGGAUUUGUAUAUUCGCCAUACAAGUUUCAGUUUCCGUGAUACGUCCUCUGAUCCUGUUGGCCAUGGCGGCUCUUCAACAUCCUCUGACAAUCCUGGGAUUCAACGGCAGGAACUAUCUUUGGCAGUGGUGAUGCCUGGAGACAAUCUGGCCAAAUUCAUUGCUUGCCCUUGCCCUGUGGAUCGCCAAAGUUAGCCCCAGCAUACUGAACAUAUGGGAAGAUAUCAUAUAUGUCUGUGAAGAAGUUCAGGAGAUCAGAAGAGCUGUAAGUUGGUUCUAUUCUGGGAUUCGAUCAUGGGUCCUCAAGCUGAAAUAUUUGGGCUUGAAAUUGGAAUGCCCAAGUCCAGAAUUGGGCAAAUAUCAUUUCUCCCUUGCCCUAUUCCUUUUGUAUUUCAUAGGAGAUUGUGGACAUUUACAUUCUGUAUACUCUGUUACCCAGAGAAAGAAUUUUCUAUUAAAAUUUUCUAUUGGUAUUCUCACAGCUUUUUCCCCAUUACUGAAGGAAAAAGGAGGAGGCAAAAAAGAGGGGUGCUUGAUCAUUGCUUCAAAUUAUGCCCCUUAAAGUUGCCUCAAAAUAUCUGGUCUGUAAGUUUUUAUCAGAGAAAUGUAAUUAUUUUAAGAGAGUGUAUUUGGGAUUUUUGCACUAUGUAAUCAUAUUUAUCAACAUUAAUUGUUAUUUGUUUUUCUUUUCUGGUUA